CAGCAGGAGUGCGCGAAGAGUGGGGGCAAUUGCUGCAAGAAAUGCACACUGACCCACGACGCCAUGUGCAGCGAUGGGCUCUGCUGCAAAGGCUGCAAGUACGAGCCGCGUGGCGUGUCCUGCCGGGAGGCCGUGAAUGAGUGCGACAUCCCCGAGAGCUGCACUGGGGACUCCAGCCAGUGUCCCCCCAACCUCCACAAGCUGGAUGGUUACUUCUGCGAAAACGAGCAGGGACGAUGCUACGGCGGGCGCUGCAAAACCAGAGACCGGCAAUGCAACGCGCUGUGGGGCCGUGGUAAGUCCGAGCGCUUCUGCUACGAGAAGCUCAACGUGGAGGGGACUGAGAGGGGCAACUGUGGGCACGAGGGCCUGGGCUGGCUGCAGUGCAACAAGCAGGACGUCCUCUGUGGCUUCCUCCUCUGUGCCAACAUCUCGGGCGCACCCCGGUUGGGUGAGCUCAGUGGCGAGAUCGCCACCACCACCUUCUUCCACCAAAACCGUUAUGUGGAUUGCAGAGGAGGCCACGUGCAGCUGGUGGACGGCUCGGACCUGAGCUACGUGGAGGACGGGACACCCUGCGGGCCCGGCAUGCUGUGUCUCGACCGUAAAUGCCUU